AUGAAGUUGUUCUAUUUCUGGUACGAGGACAGCACCAGCACAGUUGAUCAGUACGAGCAGCGACAGAACCUGGUGCAUGAGACCGGGUAUGGUGGAGAAGAUGAUCAGGAUGGGGAUGGUGGAGCAGCCCCUUCAAUCCCCAACAAAGGGAAGGGUGUUGGAAAAAAUGGUGGCAAGGGAAACAAAGGAGGCAAGGGAGGCAAAGGUGGCAAGGGUGGUGCGUCCAUCCCUGUUCCAAAAGUGCCCAAAGAGAAGAAACCCAAGACUCCGAACCAGUUGGCGCGGGCAGCUAUUGCGACUGCAAACAACAAUAUCUUGGAGAUCUCCCAGCUGAACCUGAAGUUGGCCAAAGCUGGGGUGACCGCUUUGGUCCAGCAGUUGGCUGUCAGCGAGACCGAACUUCGGGCGGGGAAGACAUCCCUGGAGACUGCUUUGGCGAUGGACCAGGAUCUGGUUCAGCCAACCAAUGUGUUGGAAGAUAUCAACAAGGCCUUCAAGGCGACCAGUUGUGCCGAGCUUCAGCGCUCAGCUGCGGCUGCAGUGGCAGAAGCGCAGGUGCCAGUUCUGCUUCCCCACGAGGUCUACCACUAUUUGUAUGCAUCCAAAAAGGUCAAACUCGAUGUCAACAAAAUCAAAGAGUAUUGGGAAAAGGCUGCGUCAGCAGAUCAUCCCGGUGCUUGGGGCGCCAACGUGGUCGGGUUAUAUGGUGAUGAUUGCAAAUACAACAAUGUUGGCGAAAAGGUGAUUGUCAUUGCCAUGAACUUGGUUCUGUUUGAACCCAAAAGCUCCCUGUUUUCAAGUUUGAUACAUUUUCGAUGGGCUGGACUUUACAUCCUUUUUGGUUCGUUUUUCCCAAAUUUGAAGGCGUAUGAUUUUGUUACCAAAACCCAAUGUCCACAAAAUCAGGUUUGGACCUGUGCCGGUAUCCACUGUUUACCCUUCGGUGCUCUCUGGCAGUCCCUGACUACAGCCUCCAACCCAUUUGGGAAGUGA